UCCCCCAGAAUGCCCCGCGCCAGGCAGCCUUUGAAAAAGCGGCGCGGCUCGUUCAAGAUGGCGGAGCUGGAUCAGCUGCCUGACGAGAGUUCUUCAGCAAAAGCACUUGUGAGCUUGAAAGAGGGAAGUUUAUCCAGUUCAUGGAAUGAAAAAUACAAUUCACUGCAGAAAACACACAUUUGGAAAAGCAAGAAUGCUGGUUCUGCAGUGGAAAUGCCCUUCAGAAAUUCAAAACGGAGUCGGCUCUUCAGUGAGGAAGAUGACAGACAAAUAAACACAAGGUCCCCCAAAAGAAAUCAGAAGGUUGCAAUGGUUCCACAGAAGUUUAGUACAACAAUGUCCACACCAGAAAAGAAAGUGUCACAGAAGAUUGGUUUACGGCUUCGGAACCUGCUCAAACUGCCCAAAGCUCACAAGUGGUGCAUAUAUGAAUGGUUCUAUUCAAAUAUAGAUAAGCCACUAUUUGAAGGAGAUAAUGAUUUCUGUAUAUGCCUGAAAGAAUCUUUUCCAACUUUGAAAACCAGAAAAUUGACAAGAGUAGAAUGGGGGAAAAUCAGGCGAUUAAUGGGAAAACCACGGAGGUGUUCCUCUGCAUUCUUUGAGGAAGAGAGGUCAGCAUUAAAACAGAAACGGCAGAAAAUCAGACUUUUGCAGCAGCGGAAAGUUGCAGAUCUUUCACAGUUCAAAGAUCUUCCAGAAGAAAUUCCAUUACCACUUGUAAUAGGAACAAAAGUUACAGCCCGUUUGCGAGGUGUCCACGAUGGUCUGUUCACUGGACAAAUAGAUGCUGUAGACACUCUUAAUGCUACCUACAGAGUGACUUUUGACAGGGCAGGUCUUGGAACACACACAGUCCCAGAUUAUGAAGUUCUUAGUAACGAGCCUCAUGAAACCAUGCCAAUCGCUGCCUUUGGACAGAAACAACGGCCAUCGCGCUUCUUCAUGACUCCUCCCCGAUUGCCCUACACUCCUUCACUCCAGUCUCCAAUCACAGACAGUGAUCCUUUAUUAGGACAAUCUUCAUGGAAAAACAAAAUUUCAGGCACAGAUAGUGAAACACUAGGAGGGUUUCCAGUAGAAUUCCUCAUUCAAGUGACCAGGUUAUCGAAAAUCCUUAUGAUCAAGAAGGAGCACAUCAAACAAUUGAGAGAGAUGAACACAGAAGCAGAAAAGCUGAAAUCCUAUUCCAUGCCAAUUGGCAUUGAGUUUCAGAGGAGAUAUGCAACUAUUGUUCUGGAUCUAGAACAACUUAACAAAGACUUAAAUAAAGUUUUGCAUAAAGUUCAACAGUAUUGCUAUGAGCUUGCUCCUGACCAGGGCCUCCAGCCUGCUGACCAGCCCACGGAUCUGAGGCGCAGGUGUGAAGAGGAAGCUCAGGAGGUCGUCAGACAAGCCAAUACCUUGUCAACAGGACAACUCUGUGUGGAGAGUGAAAAUUUAACUGAUCUUAUCUCCAGACUUACAGCAAUAUUACUGCAAAUUAAGUGUCUAGCAGAAGGAGGUGAUCUGAAUUCCUUUGAAUUUAAAUCACUAACAGAUUCAUUAAAUGACAUUAAGAAUUCAAUAGACUCCUCAAAUAUCAGCUGUUUUCAGAAUAACGUUGAGAUCCAUGUUGCACAUAUCCAGAGUGGUCUGAGCCAGAUGGGAAACUUACAUGCUUUUGCAGCCAAUAACACCAACAGAGACUGAAAAAUUCCUUUCAAGUGUACAGCAAGUAGUUCUGGAAAAUCUUGUUCCUUUCUAUAGGCUUCACCAAAUACCCUAACUGCCAGAAGAUAAGGGAAGAGAAAAUUUCUCAGAAAGGACCCUUUUAAAUAUAUUGUAUCUGCUUCUUAAGGAAACCAGCGUUCAUUAGAUUUCUCCAUUUGUUAUUCACAUGCAGUAGUUUUGCUAACUGGUAAUCUCUUAGUAAUUGCAUUGAUUAUAGUAAACUUGAAAGCAUACUUUCAUAUAAUUUGAACUUGGUUUUUAAAAGUUCAGAUGAAUUCUGCACACGUCUUGCUGUUGGAUCUCCUGGUAUGUUAGAAGUGC